AGCGAUCUGGAAAACAAUCCCGAACUCGCUCUUGUAAUCAAACUUUUCAACAAGUUUGUCAAGAAAAAUUUCAAGACAAGAAGGGACAAUCCCUUGCCAGUCUAGUAGAUUUUACACCCUCUACAACAAGGACAGACAACGUUCCAACAGGCUCUUACUUGCAAUGCGGCGACGCUGCAGUAUAACGGACUCUUCAAUCCGGCGACGCUGCAGAUAAACACACAACUGGGCAGUCUGCCCAUCUUCCCAUUUCCACCGGCGACGCUGCAGUAGAAUCCACGGAAUCUAGCGACCUCCGGCUUCAGUUGCCAUUAAACAUUCUAGAGGAUUUUUGUGGAUAUCAUCGAAAUGGAGGCACUUUAUGCAAAGCUCUAUAAAAAUUACACUAAGCUCAAGGAAGCAAAUGCAGAGAUGGAGAAGCUAAAUCGUGAACAAGAAGAGAAGUUAAUGAAUCGUAUAGCUGCUUCUGAUAAAUUGAUAGACUCCUUAAAAAGUGAAAGAGAUGAACUGUGCCAGCAAGUGCAUGAGUUGAAAAGCGAAUUGGUUUCACUGAGAGCAACCAAAGAUGAAGAGCUAAUUCGCUACCAAAAACUUUUGAUGGAAGAGAACCUGAGGAAUAAAGAUCUAUCAAUGGAAAUUGAGAAGCUUCGAACUGUUGAACAAGAGAGACAGGAUAAUAUCGUUUCUCGAGAUUAUGAAGAUGAAAGUGGACGAAAAAAUUACAAUGGGUAUGUUUCAUCUCAUGCGAGGAGGCGUCGUAGGCAAUCUCUUCCUCUUGCCAUUGAGUAUCCAGUAGACGAGACAUCCGCUGCUGCCGGGGAGGAAAUCUUGGAUGGUCUCACAAGCGAACCUGAUAAAGAUUUAUGUAAGAUGAUAGAGGCCCCGUGCCGUAGAAGACUAAAAAAUGAUUCAGAGCAUUCAGUCUGCAUGUUUCAAGAACUGAUUGGCUGUAUAGUCGGUAUGAAAAUAUCACCACUCCAGGAAAAUGAGGAAAGUUCAAUCUCGGUCCUACACGAGCCAACUGGCUAUGCAUUUACGCUGAAGUUGAUAGACAGCUCAGGCGGGGGAGAAGCAGAAUGGGUCUACCGACUAUCGUCUCUGGGAACUCUCAAGAGUGUCUCAACCAAAUGGAUGAGAGAAAGUGUGAUAAGGUUCAGCACAAGUAUGUGCCCCAUCUUCUUCCAAAGGCUUUCCCGCGUUAUUCUGCUCUGUAGUUAGUUGCUGGCGUUGCACUUUACUCAAUCAAUCAUCUGACUGACU